UCAUCCUGUCCACUGUGGACAUAUAUAUUUCUCUGUCUCUCUUUCCCCCUCUGCCUUUCUCCCCCAUUGUCCAUCUGACACACUCGCACACACAGGCUGUCUCUGCAUGGCCUCCUUGCAACAAAGACGAGGGGGCAGUGAGAAAGGACGUUGGAUGGGGGGUGGGAGAGUGGGCUACCCUGUUUUGUGUGCUCUGCCCUGCUGUCUGCCAGCCCAUGCUACACCGAGGGGAGAGGAGAGGAGAGGGAAGAGGGGAGACGCACAAAGCCCAGAGGCUUAGUCUCAACGAGUGUUUGGUCUGGACAAUUAAACAGGCACUGACCUCCCAGGCCCCACUGUCAGCACUAUUCCUCUUAAAGCGACGGAAAACUGGGAUGGAGGAAGCCUCGUGGUCCAAGGGAUGGGUUGCACUCUGGACCAGGCCUAGUCUCCUGAAUUGGAGUGCUUUUCAAGAACCAGCUCAUGUAUAUAUCUAUAUGAAGUCUUGGUUGUUUAUGAACUGUUUGUUCAGUGCAUAGCAGUGAAGCACUUCAUGGCAUACAGUCAUUUCAUGACCUCACUGAGCAGCAUGGUCUUUUAGCUGCACUGGACCAGCACGGUCACCCUCAGGAGGAGGAGAGCUGUACAGGAUGGGGCGUCCAUCUCCUCGGCUGGGUCUCACAGGCCCCCAGUGUAUUGGCAUGCAGGAAGGCAAGCUUAUCAUCCCGCCCCCCACCCUCUAAUCUGGCUCUUGGAUGGGGUUCCCUUCACUUAUCCCUUCCCUUUUCACCGAUUUUUCCGUCCCAGAAUUCCAUGGGAACAACGUUUCUUUUUUCUUCCUGUUUGUCCCUUGGAAGUUUCAGUGCCCUUUCCUUUCUGUUGGUUUUCUCUCUUUCUCUCCUUUGCCUUAAAAGUGUCAUUAAUAGUCUGUGCAUGUUUGAGGGGGAGCUCUGGGACAAACGCACCCUGUCCAGGGUCCCCCCUCUCCCCAGCGCAGGGGGCCAACCAUGCCCAGCUGUGGCCUCCCGGGCUCUCCAGGGAGACAGCAGGGAGCCAGGAGUGGCGUGGGUGGAGGCGUCCCACAGGACCCGACACUGGAUCCUGGUCCUGCCUCUCACGCCAAUGCUUGUUUUGAAAGAGCACAUGUCCACCUCAGCCUCACAGCAGCAGUCCAGGUCAGCAGAGGAGGACGAGGAGGAAGAACAAGGCGAGAAGUUUGAGUUUGAGGACAGCGAUGGCGAAGAGCAGGGGAGCUCUGUAAUAUCGUCUCCAGGGGGUGAAGCACCAGCUGGCACAAUGAAGGCGGACGUGGGUGCCACCAAGGACGGCACACCUGGUGCUGCAGCGGUGGAGGAAACUCACCUCCCACAUUCUGACAAAGAGACUGAGAAAUGCUCAGCAGUGAAGACGACCCAGGAAAUAUCUACCGCAGCCUCUGUGACUCAGGAGAGCACUAAUAUCCAGGGUGAAACCUGCACGCCUCCUCAUACAGAUGCGCCUGCCGCAGAGAGACAAACACGCGACUCGGCUCAGUCGGGCCCCAGUGCUGCAGGGCUCUCAGUAGGAGAGGAGCGCCACGCUGCUGCUGCUGCUGCUGCUGCUGAAGAGGCUGGAUCCUCACCGACGCUGCCCGGUGCGGGGGACCUCGGUCGGGACGACACCACACAGGCAAGGCCCGCGGAACAGGAGGCAGCUCAAGGUGAGGCUGGAGAGGAGAGAGAGUCUCAGACUGACAGUCCUGAGGUCAUUUAUGAUGAUGUCCCCUGUGAGGAGGCCUUCUCUGGGGAGGAAGGUGAUAUGAUUUAUGAGGACGUCCAAAGAGAGGAGGGCCUGCAGGGACCGAACGGCUGGAGCUCCAGUGAGUUUGAGAGCUACGACGAGCAGUCAGACGCCGAGAGCAAGGCACCCGCCCGUAGCAAGGUGCAGCAGCUGAUGAGGGCUGCCCGGAGUGGGACCAAGGAUGGGCUGGAGAAGACCAAAAUAGCCGUCAUGAGGAGGGUCUCCUUCCUGCACCACCGGAAAGACCACUUGGAGGAUGCCGAAGAUGAUGCAGGGUACUUGGAUGUGACCGUGUCAGAGGCAAAGCAUCCUCCUCCACAACUGGGUCCUAUGCCAGAUGGACUCAACAGCCACCAGAUCGUUCGCCGCCACAUCCUUGGCUCAAUCGUCCAGAGCGAGAGAAGCUACCUGGAGUCCCUGAAGAGAAUCCUUCAGGAGUACCAGCGGCCCCUACUGGAGGCCGAGCCCCGCAUCCUGAGCCCGCGCAAGAUCCGGCCCAUCUUCUACCGCGUGCGCGAGAUCACCCAGUGCCACUCCAUGUUCCAGAUUGCCCUGGCCUCCCGCGUGGCAGAUUGGGACGCCUGCGAGAAGAUUGGUGACCUCUUCGUUGCUUCAUUCUCCAAGUCCAUGGUGGUGGACGUGUACAGUGACUAUGUGAACAACUUCACCAAUGCCAUGGCUCUCAUCAAGAAGGCCUGCAUGUCCAAACCGGCCUUUCUAGAGUUCCUGAAGAGAAAACAGGCCUCCAGCACUGACCGCAUCACCCUGUACGGCCUGAUGGUGAAGCCCAUUCAGCGCUUCCCCCAGUUCAUCCUCCUGCUCCAGGACAUGCUGAAGAAUACCCCGAAGGGUCAUGUGGACCGGCUACCGCUGCAGCUGGCCCUGACGGAGCUGGAGACUCUGGCAGAGAAACUGAACGAGCAGAAGCGCGUGGCAGACCAGAUCACUGAAACUCAGCAGCUAGCACGCAGCAUCAGCGACCGCUCCCUCAGCAAGGUGCUGAAUGCAGAGCAGAGCUCACUGAUCCUGUGCGAGGCGCUGGUGGAGACCGUGUAUGGGGAGAGAGGGCAGGUCAUCAAGUCCAAAGAGCGCAAGGUCUUCCUCUUCAGCGACAAGCUCAUCUGUGCCAACCUCAACGUCAAGGGUCCCCCUGACAUCAGCAGCCUGGUGCCUGUGGGGCCCAAGUACACCAUGAAAUGGAGCGCCCCCCUGCUGCAGGUGCAGGUGGUGGAGGUGGGCCAGGAGUGCUCCCAGGACACCCUCUUCCAGCCCAGCGGAGCCAAGCGCACGGGAGGUGCCAGCACCACAGGGAAAGUAGUGCUGGGACCUCCAAAGCUGUUCCAGGAGCUGCAGGAGCUGCAACACGAUCUGGCCGUGGUGGAGCAGGUCACACUACUGGUGGGAACGCUGCAGGGGACUUAUCAGAACCUGAACACGACCGUGGCUCAGGACUGGUGCUUGGCUCUUCAGAGGCUCAUCCGCAUCAAAGAGGACCAGAUCCAGAGUGCCAACAAGUGCCGCCUCCGCCUGCAGGUGCCCGGCCGACCUGACAAGUCAGGUCGACCUGUCAGCUUCAUGGUGGUGCUCAACACUCCCAGCCCCCUCAGCAAGAUCUCCUGGGUGAACCGGCUGCAUUUGGCUAAGAUAGCACAGAGGGAGGAAAACACUCCUGGUUGGCACUGCGAAGAAGAUGACGAACGAAGCCGGGCUCCCUUCUGGUGCCCGCUCCUGGCCUGCCGCGUGCCCGUCUUUCCCGUCAAAGCUCCCGAGCGCAAGCUCGGGGCUGCUCUGCACAACCCAGUGCAAUGCGCCCUGCUGGGCUUCUCUGCGGCCAGCACCUCCCUUCCCCAGGGCUACCUAUGGGUGGCCAGCGGUAGCAGCUCCAGCCAGGGCCAGAUGGAGAUCUUCUCCCUGAACCGGCCCACACCACGCGCCGUGAAGACCUUCCAGGUGGGCGCGCCGGUCCUCUGCCUGGAGUAUGUUCCAGAGCCCGUCCCACCAGAGGAGGUGGAUGCCGAGGACCAGAGGAGUCCGGUGGGCAUGGGCAACACAAUCUGCGCUGGCCUGGACGAUGGCAGCAUCCUGGUGUAUGGCAGCGUGGACACCGCUGCUCAGUGUCUCCUGACCUUCCGCACCCCUGUGGGCUGCCCUGUCCUCUGUCUCAAGCACUCGGCCAACUGCCUGUUCGCUGGGCUAAGGGACGGCACUGUGCUAGUGUACCAGCGCCACAAUGGAGGUGAAUUAUGGGAUCCUGCGUCUUGCAGGAAAGUGAGCGUCGGACCAGACCCUGUAAGAACUCUGCUGGCUCUGGAGGACUGCGUAUGGGCCAGCUGUGGCAACUCUGUAUCCGUGAUCGACUGUUCUAGCCUCGCUACUAAGAGGGUGGAGGUCCAUCAGGACCCGAUGGUCAGCGUGGCGCACAUGGUGCGAGCCGGCGGUGGCGUGUGGAUGGCCUUCUCCGAGGGCUCCUCCAUCCGCCUGUUCCACACAGAGACCCUGGAGCACCUGCAGGAGAUCAACAUCUCCACGCGCUCUGGGUUCCACCACCCAAGUCAGAGGAGUAUGCGUGUCACAAGUCUACUGGUGUGCCAGGGACUGCUGUGGGUUGGCACUGCCUCUGGCAUCAUCGUUACCCUACCAGUGCCCAAGUUGGAGGGCAUUCCGAAAAUUACAGGUAAGGGAAUGACGUCCCUCAAUGCCCACUGUGGGCCAGUAGACUUCCUGGUGGCCACCUCCAGUACUCUGUCCCCGGACCUGCUCAAGAGGGACUCGAUGUGCGACGGGCCUGACUCAGCCUUCGGUGGCGAGGACCGCAGCGACUCCUCCUCCCAGGAGUCCCUACAGCAGCUGGCCGGUCAGCCACCGGUGACGGCAUCAUCGCACAACAAUGCCACCGACCUGAGCAAGGCCAAGGGCCGCGGCAUGCUUCUGCAGUAUCGCGUCCGCUCCACGUCCGGCCUGCCGGGCCGCCCACUGACGGCGCGCGUUGGUGACGAGGCGUCCGACUCAUCACUGGAGUCGCUGGAGCACAGCUUGGAGGACGGCUCCAUCUACGAGCUCAGCGACGACCCGGACAUGUGGGUGCGCGGCCGGACAUGCGAGCGUGACGGUGCGCGUAGGGACAGGGUCAGCUCCGUGGCCGUGGUCUCCGGAGGCAGGGGCCUGAGGCGGCUCCGGGAGGGGGAGAUGGUUCCGGCGCGCGGGGAGGAGUCGUCCGACAGCAGCCUGAUGAUCUGGCAGCUGCCUCUAACUGUCUGAGCGAGUGGCGCCGGCGUUCUCACUUCGCACACACAGCUUAACGAAUGCCGGCCGUACAAGCCUGCUGCUGGUCUCGGCAUGGGCUUGGACACACCAAGACUUGACGCCUUGUCAAAACUGUGAAAGGAACAGGGAUGCAAGGUGACAAAAUGUGUUGUGACUCCUUAUCAGACUCAAGGCUUUUCCCUCUGUGUUCUGCUUUGUGCCUGGCUCAUGGUUGAAACCUGCUGCUGUUCUUUGAGGGGCUCAGACAACCUUGUCUGGAAAUUGCUACCUGCCUCACUCUUCCGGAUUGAUGAAUGGCAUGUGUUUGAAUCUGUACCCACGUUAUGUUUCCCAUCCUGUGUAGAUACACUUUCAGGAAGCCCAUGUUCACAAGAGCAUGGCAACUGACACCCUUCCUCACUCAUGUUUCCCAGAGCUCCUUACAGUCUCGUCCACAAGAAGCACAGCUGAAACACAGCCCUCUCCAGCGGGCUCAGCCAAAUAAUGCCACUUAUUCCUCUAAAAAUCCUUUUGUUCGGACUUCAUCUCACUAUAAUGUCACAGAAGGAUAUUUUGCUGUGUCCAUUUUUAGGGAAGUGGGUGUGAUGGGAGGAUUGAGAGAUGUUAUUUCUCUUUGAAGUUACUGAGUAAUUGCUCACUUCACAAUACCUUGAAUGUGAACACAAUUAUUAUUUUCUCACAGUGGGUGAAGUUAUUGCAAGAAGAAAAAAAUGUUAAGGCCAUGUUUCACCAAAACGCUGUGUGCUUGUUUUGAUAAUUUUGUUCCCUCGUAUUUACAGGAACUAGAAGCAGGCAGCACAAUAGACCAAGCUCAGUAAAGCUUGAAAGUUUACCUAUUCACAAGGAAACUUUGCAUUUUGAAUUUGUGCAUAGCCUAUCAUCCCAAGCUGGUCUUUUAUGUUGGCUCUCAGUAGCCUACUGUUAUCUCCUGUGGGAAGGAAAGAAUUAAAACGUCCAAAGUUGAUUAAAAGAAGAACCCGGCUUAGCGAAACAUGCUCUCAAUCAGUAUUUUUCUUCCUGCAAUGACCACUCCUAGGCUCCAUAGGUCACAGUACUGUUUAUGUACUCAGUGUCAAAGUCUCUAUUGAUCACAAAAAAAAAACAGGCAAAAGCAACUUCUACCCAAGGAACCUUUAAAAAUGGUCACUUUUAAUAUACUGAGCCUUUAUGUUCUCGCUAGCCCAUCUCUCUGUGUACCUGGCAAUGCUGUGUUUGAAUGCGAAACUUGCAUUGCUGGGUGUUCAAACUGCUAUGGCCAUUGCUUUGAUUUAGGGGGACAAAACAUCCAGUUGAAUUAACCACAGACACAACCUCAUGCGCAUGCCAUUAGUGCCUGUGUUGUGAAGAGAGGAGAACGUCAUUAGAGCAGAAGGAAGCCCAGAUGAGACGGCAGUUUUGAUCAUCACUUCCAGUCUGACAAGGACUCAUUUAACACCAGAGUAGGACUUCUUUGGGUUAACAUAGCUCACGUUUCACUUCCCAUCUCUUUGUCUCACUCAGUCUCUCUCUCUCUCUCUCUGUCUGUCUCUCUCUCUCUCUCUCUCUUUCACUCACUCGCUCUGUCACUCUCCCGAUCAGUCUUGUUUCUCCCUCUCUCUGGAGUCUGUUUAGAGAUGGGACCCAUGGGUGCUGCCAUCAGGGAUUUUUUUCAAGUUUUUAUGAUAUGAAUGAAGCCGUAUUUGUAGUACAUUCAUAAUGCAGCAAGGCCAACCUCAUUUGACUGAAAACACUUGAAAGAAAACAUUUCUCAUUCCAUCCCCUGACCAAUACCAAUUUCUAAGACUUUUUUUCCCCUUUUUUUAAAAACAAGAUUUCACAGUUGUAUUAUGAAUACAAUUGAAGUGUAUCUUGGAUACCAGAGAAAUGGGAGGUUUCAGUGAAGGAAGAUCUGAUAUCCUAAUACACAAUUGGAUGAGAGAAGUCAGACACUGAAACAAAAGGGAUCUUGCUUUUCUGUCAAGGGCAAAUGAAACAAAAUUACAUUUUGUCUGACCGAAGGUUUCACUGAACUGUAAAUAUGGGUAGAUCUGGAUUCAUAUAACUUGUAUUGGUGGGUACCACUACCCAUGGAUUAGGAAGUGGCCACGGUGUCCUGAAAGUGUUGGACCAUUGUAGUUCUACUGUGCGUCUUAUGCAAGAGGUUAACAACUUAUUCAGAUUAUAAUAUGUUGUUUUUAUUGCAUAAUCAACAGUCCCUUUAGGAAUUUGUACUGCUGCAUAAUUUCAUGGAGAUGCUGGCUCGGAGCAUUUUGGAUGUUGUCAAAACAUAUAGAAGUCCUUAUGGCAAACCAUUACUGUCUUAAUAUGUGUCAGGCUCUGUUCAUUCACAGUACUUUUAGGUCUUAACCAGUGUGUUAAGUUUAUUGUAUGUAAAGGUGAUUGAAUAUUCAAUCUCCCACUUCUCAAAAAACAAACCAGUCAAUAACAGUAAUAAGUGGACUGAGUCUGUGAACAUGUCUGGCCCUUAAAUAAGAUAUUCUAUGAACUCUAAUGGAUACUGAUGAGAUAGGGUUGUAUUUAACUGUUGGACUCCUCAUUGCACUUGACAGUACUUAGUUAAGGUCUGUGAUCUAACAUUGUGCUGUUUUUUAUUUGUAUUGUUUCAUUUUACAGUGUCAUUGUUACUAAAAUAAACACUUACCGCUGACUCUGA